CGUAGGGGGCGUCUCGUUACUAACCACUGCACAGCGCAGAAUCUGGCAACGACGGCAGCGACGGGUAUUGGCAUUAGGAAUACUGCCAGCGUGAUAAAAACAGAAAGAGAGCACUGGAAUACAGAAGGGUAUGGCCGUAAAUGUGUAUGCUACAUCCGUGUCCAUUGACAACCUCAGCAGACAUGACAUGCUUGCGUGGGUCAAUGACUCCUUGCACCUCUCCUACACCAAGAUUGAACAGAUGUGCUCUGGGGCAGCAUAUUGCCAGUUCAUGGAUAUGCUUUUCCCAGGCUGUGUGCUUCUAAAGAAGGUCAAAUUCCAGGCCAAACUGGAACACGAGUUCAUCCACAACUUCAAGGUUCUGCAGGCAGCCUUCAAGCGGAUGAGUGUUGACAAAAUAAUCCCUGUGGAGAAGCUGGUAAAAGGAAAGUUCCAGGACAACUUUGAAUUUGUUCAGUGGUUCAAGAAGUUCUUUGACGCCAACUAUGAUGGGAAGGAGUACGACCCUUUACAAGCCAGGCAGGGUCAAGACGUUGCACCUGCUCCCAAUCCAGGUGAUCACUUUAUCUACAAACCCAAGAGAGCUUGGCGAGCCCCAGGACCACAGAGGACAUCUCCAACGGUUCCCAAAAACAUGCCCACUCCCCAGCGGGUGAUGACCGCCACGACCAUCAGGAAGAACCCGUCACUGGCCAGGAACGGGGGCAGCGAUGUGGAGAUCUUGGAGCUAAACCAACAGUUGAUGGAGCUGAAGUUGACUGUGGAUGGCCUGGAGAAAGAACGCGAUUUCUACUUCAGCAAACUAAGAGAUAUCGAGCUGAUCUGCCAGGAGAACGAGAGUGAAAGUAACCCCAUCCUCAGCAGGAUAAUCGACAUUCUCUACGCUACAGAGGACGGGUUUGCAGCCCCAGACGAUGAUGGCCUUGAUGAACAGGCCCAUCUGGACCAGGAGGAAUACUAACCUCUUCACUUCCCUCUUCUGUGAUCCCUCUGUCCACGAGCCCCCUAUUCUCCAUCCUUUUCCCCCUCCUGUCCAUAUCUCUUUAGUCCUACUUUACUGUCUCUGCACACCACGCUCUAUAAAUACGCCCUUCAUUCUUCCUCUUUACCUCUUUCUCUCUCUCUUUUUCUUUCUCUGUCUUCAUAUGUAUAUCUGUUUUUUUCUUCUCUGAGCCCCCACCAGCCAUCGACAUCAUGUACAGUACAUUUCAAUGCCAUAAGCUACCCACUUCCCCUUCCCCCAGUGACCCAGUAGCUGCAACAGUAAAUUGACAUAUCCCAGUCGUUUUAGCAUGGUGCGUACGCAACACACAUAUAAUAGCCAAGGAAAAGGCUUGAGCUAAUGGAUUGCGGACCUGAUAGAAGCUGUAAAUACAAAAAAGGACAUUUUGAUUUUUAAACUAAGACGACAUCAUUGGAUUUUUUAUUUUGCGCUGUUUUGAUUGUAAUCCAGAUAAUGGAAAACAUCACUUGCAUGAUAUAUCAGGCUUCCAUCAGAGUUACAUAUAUAUUUAUGCAUUUAGCAGGAGUUACUGAUACUAACAACAGCUACUUUAAUAUAACAACCAAUGGUGUUUCAUUUGGAGAGAAAAAAGCUUCUUAUUUAUUUAACUUAUGUUUAAUUUAACAAUGAAAAUAAUUGACACAAAUAUUGUAAGAACAAGCAUAUUAUGAAAGUCGAUUCCGAUCUGAUUUGUGCUUAACCCUCUAAAGAGUUUCUUUUUUGAGGGUGUAUUUAAAGGCAUGUGAAAACAUCAGUUUGGUUCCGAUGUCAUAUGAUCAAUGCUCUUUGAGGACUCAUUUUUCGACUAGCUACAUAUCUCAGCAUGAGAAUGUUCCACUUUGACCGUGAAUGGGUGACAUAUUUGUAAAUUUAUAAUGUGGAGCUUUUGUUUUUUGUCAAAGGUUCUUAAUCUUUCUUUUUUUUUCAUUUGUCAAAGUAUUAACGGUUAUUUGAGUAUUUAGCUACUGAUCAAAGGGGAAAACCAUCAUAAACAGUAGGCCUAGAUUACUCUUCAAAGUGACUUCGCAGCAAAAACGUUUGAUUUAUUUGUGAAUGUGCUUCAUGGAUAACAGGACAACAAUCAAACAAUUACAAUCGUAGUUUGUUGACAUUCAAGUUUACCGCUAAUUUGAUUGUGUUUAUUGUAGCGUCAGUUGAUUUGCUGUAAAUUAUUGCACAAGGGAAGCCGUGACCAAGGACGUCCCGGGGGUCUGCGACCAGUUCAUAAUGAUGCUGGUCAUCCAUCAUGAGCAUCAAAUGCACUCUCCCUGGCUUAUUUUACUUUGCUAACUUAGCCUACAACCAUCUGCUACAACGGAACUCAACCUGCAUUGUUGCAUUGACUGAGUAACAGUGUUGGCAUAACACUCAUCUUUGAGAUUUAUUAAUUAAAUAAACAGUUGUGAAAGGAAAA